UCUUACACCUUUGUUAACGUCCAUACGAGAUUUGCCUGUUAUUGUGAUUUUUCUAUAUAUAUAAUAUUUCAGCCGUACGGUAACAAAAAAAAAUGACCGUGGCAAUUUUUUUUGUGUGGCCUUUCCAGGUACCUUUGCCAUUGUUUCGCUGAUGACGGGUGGCGUGGUUGAGCGGUUUGCCUCUAAUGUCACGGCAAUCGACCCCCAAGAGCUGGAGUCGCAGAAGAUCUCCAUAGCAACCACACUUGCUGUGCUCUCUGGAGCAAUACAGCUGAUCAUGUUCAGCCUGCAGCUGGGAUUCGUGGCCAUCUACCUGUCGGAUCCACUGGUGAGCGCCUUCACCAACGCGGCCGCCAUCCACGUCCUCGUGUCCCAAAUCAAGAACAUGCUGGGCCUGCAGGUGCCACGGUUCUCUGGGCCCGCUUCAAUUUUCAUGACAAUGGUUGAUAUUUUUCAGAAGCUACCGAACACAAAUAUAGCAGAGCUGGUGACGUCGCUGGUGUGUUUGACUGUGCUCAUUCCAGUGAGAGAGAUAAACCAGCGGUACAAGAGUAAGCUCAAAGCUCCAAUUCCUGUGGAACUGCUCCUGAUUGUUCUGGCUACCGUCAUCUCCUUUUACGCCCGGCUGGAAGAAAAGUUUGGAGUUACAGUGGUUGGGAAUAUACCUGCCGGGCUGCCAGUGCCACAGCUGCCAACGGUGACCAACUUCUCCUCGCUCAUCGCCGACGGGCUGGCGAUAGCGAUCGUUGGCUACGCCGUAUCUGUGUCGUUGGCAAAGAUCUUUGCAAAGAAGCACGGUUAUACCGUCGACGCCAAUCAGGAACUAUUUGCGCACGGAGUUUGCAACCUCUUUGGCUCAUUCUUCCAGUGCUUUCCAAGUGCGGCUUCUAUUUCCAGGACCUCCAUUCAGGAGGGGACAGGAGGGAACACGCAGGUACAAUAACCGUCACUUUAGAACAAUUGGGAUUACACGUACGGCAGCAAAACAUCGCCUCUGACUGGCAGACUAACGUCCUCUUGCGAACCAGGUGCUGAGUUGUCACCUUGUGCCGCACAGGGACAACUGCCACUGGGGGUGCCCUCUCUAAUGUUUGAGAUGAGGUGCGAGGCGCUUACUCCGUGUAAAGCGUUCUCAGAUGUACCGAGGUAAAGUGUUGCCAUUAUCAAGGAAAUUUUCACUGAGUUUCAAGAAUUGUUAUAAGGGCAAUAUGGUAAUUGACAUGGUCCAGCGGUAGUACAUUUGCCAGUUGUUGCAGAGGUUCAUGGUUCGAAUCUGGCAGGCCACCCUGGUUAAUCUGGCAGAUGUGUAUGUAUGUAUGUAGAACGUCUUUCGUAACCAUGCGUAGCCAACCGUGCUAAUCG